UUCGCGGGGUUUCUCCGGAUCCUCCUAAAUCUCUUCGUAAUCAACAGUCCAGGAAUGAAAUUAGUUACUAUUGCAGCCUGCUUUAUUGACUGAAGAAUUGCACUAUUAGUCGGCUUCUUCAUAAUGAGAUAUAUGUUCAAAUAGGAACGUGAACAGGCCCUAGAAGCUAACUGUGGUGCACGUUGAAAUUGACUAUGUAGCGGAAAACUAAAUUUCAAUUAAUGACGCUGCUGUUGUGUGAUCUAUAACUACGUGAAAAGUGCGACGGAAAACCAUCGGUUCCACCACAGCGGAGGCUAAAAUGAAGUUACCUAUUACUAAUGCGUUUGUUUGCGUGGCCAGUAAACUUAUAGAGCAAAACUCUUAUAUAUCAGCCAUCGAUUAUAGCGAUGCGACGUCCCAGUUAUGUAUAAUUAUACCAUCUGGUUUACGCGUAAUUGACUGCCACGGUCUCCAAGUGACGAAGAAAUUAACAGUUAACAGCAAGAAUGUGCGAUUAACAGAAUUAAAGUUUGCAGACGAAAAUAGCGUGAUGGCGUGCUCAUCCGAUGGCUUCUUACGGCUGUGGGACCUAAGAGAGCCCGAUAGAGUUUCAUUAGAAAUGUCAUCAACGACAGACCCCGCUGCCGAAUUGAAACCCCUCCUAAGUUGCGACGUAAAUCUUGAAGGAACUGUGGCUUGUGCUGGUAGCGAAACCUUAAAGGAAGAUGCUUUUAUCCUAUUUUGGGACCUGCGUAAUACGCGAAAGCUCAUGGGCGGCUAUUGGGAUACUCACAGUAAAGACGUAACACAGGUGCGAUUCCAUCCCUCGGCGAAGUCGUUUCUACUUACUGGAGGAGUGGACGGUCUUGUUAAUGUUUUUGACAUCGAUGAGGCAUGCGAAGAUGACGCUCUGCUGUAUACGCUUAAUGCAGAGUGUGCCGUGAGUUCUGUGUCGUGGCUUAAAAGGACUGCAUUAGAUGUGGACCGUUUAGCAAUAGUGACUUCAGAAGAAGAGUUUCAGUGGUGGGAGGCUGAUGAUGCUGAACCAAAAUUUCGAAGGACCAGAGAGAAGCUCGUCGAGGGGAAUGCUGGCGAUAACAAGAUUGUCGUCGACCAUUUAGUGGGAAUGGUGACAUUUGACGAUGGACUCUCAACCUUGGUGAGUUCGUCAAACGACGGCAAGGUAGAGCUGUGGACAGAAGCUGGUGUUCACCUCGCUUCGUUGGCCGCGUCCCAUCAUGAUCUUGUCCGGGCUGCAGUAGCAGGCCGAGACGAAACUGGCCAACAGAAAUCCUUAUGGACUGCAGGAGAGGAUGGCAUCGUUUGUUACUGGAAAGAGGGCGCACAAUGUGCGGGGGUAGCUGCAAAAGACUUCAAGGCGGGAUCAUCGAUAAAAACCAAAUCAAAGCUUCAUAAAGCUAAGCCGUAUUGAACGAUUUGAAUCUACACAUGAGGAUGAAUUGUAUUACGACUAAUAUUGAUAAUAGUUGUAUGUACAAAAAAUUGGUGCAAUUUGUUCGAAAUAGGAUUCAACCAAAUAUGUUUAUUCAUUGGUCGAGCUCCGAGCUUCGUCGAUACACCGUAAGACGGUACUGUCAGAAUAUUAUUAUUAGAAAUGUAUAUACUAAUGUAUAACUGCUAGACGCGGAAGAAUAGCUAUUUAAUUAGCUCGUUUGUAGUUGUAUAUUUGCACAGAUAAAAUAUAUAGCCUUAUAAAUAAAUUACGGGAACA